GCACAGCAGUCUGCCUUAGUGUCGCAACAAUGCUCGUUCCGACUUAGCAGCUGUCCUGCUCCACACUUCUCAUGUAAUUUUUUUUUGGUAAACUAAUUUGCAAGUGAUUCACACUGUCUUUUGUCUUCCUCAUUGAAAUUGCAGUUUCCCCAGUGGUUUCUAAGAUACUUUCGCGGUGACAUUGAACACUGGAGCCACAUAUUUUUGUUUCCAACGGUUUCUUGCUGGAUUCCCCAUUCUUAACAACGCAUCAGAAUGUUUGCCAGCCUGGUAUUCCUGGCCAUAGUCUGUCUACAAGUUCAGAUGAUCAGGAAUGCAGGUCAGCGUGAACUGCCGCCACCGAUCAUCGUGCUGCAUUCCCACAAUGGCGUCUUUGAGAAAGGUGAUUCUGCCCGGAUGGAGUGCCGAACACCAGGCUCUUAUUCAGGCAGCACAAUCUACUUGGUGCGAGACGGUGUGAGUGCGUACAUGGACCAGCAGACUGUUCCCAGCAGAGAAGACACGGCGUCCUUUGAGCUGGUCAACCUCACAGUUCAACAUCAAGGGGACUAUCGAUGCUUCUACAGGAGAAAGGAGUCCAAUGUUUGGAAGGAUUCCAGACUCAGCACUCCAGUCCGGAUAACAAUCCACGAUCACUCCUUGGAAAAUCAGUCCCCAGGAGCAGCAGUGUUCAGGAAUGUCUGGGCACAAGUUGGCAUGGUUGUAGGAGGAGUUGUGUUGAUCCUCAUUGUAAUCGCAAUGCUGUGGUACAUCUGCAAAAAGAGAGCCAAAUCCCAGAGGAGACACAAUGCAAGUUCCAAUCUCUGGACUGCGUUUGACAACAAUAUCGACAAUUAUGAAGUGAUGAAGAGACGCACCUUAACACUUUCACGAGGUCUGGAUCUGAGGAGUCAAGGAGAUGGAGAAACUGGCUAUUCGGCAAGGCAUAGCACUGAAUUUCUGACUGAUAUGCAGCUUAGUCCUAGAGGAUCACAGAAGAAACCUUUCUUCAUUACAUUCCGAGAGCAGUGACUUGGAAGGACAGUGCCAAAAGAAGCUGAUGACAUGCACGGAUGUCAGAAAAAGUACCACACACCAACGUAGAGAAGCAGAGACACGUUGCAGUUGGAACCAACUCUCUCCGGUUGCCUGCUCACUGAAAUUUGGUGAACACUUUUUAUUUUGUGCAGUGAAUAUUGACGUUUAAUUUUGCCAGUGAUGUCGGUCGACAUUUUCCCCAGCCCAUCCCGGAUGAUAUUCUGUCCAACAUUAAUGUUCCAAGAAGUGUUCAAUUGAAGGUGUGAAAGCUGCUGGUAAUUUAGAUUAGAUUCCCUACAGGGUGGAAACAGGCCCUUUGGCCCAACAAGUCCACACUGAUCCUCUGAAGAG